GUAGGCGGAGACUGGGUGGGGCUAGCUACAGUGUGACAUCACAAUCAGCUGUUUAAUGUUCUAAAUUCUGAUCCAAGGAUCAGCUGGGCACAGCAAUAAGAAAAAAAAAACAAAUGAAAACAGUAAAGCUGUAGACUAAUAUCUGAACAAAUAACAGCAUCGAUGCAGUUUUAAUGGAGCAUUUCUUCUGAGAAGAAAGCCUUUUUAAUUUUAUGUUUUUUUUGUUAAUAAAUAAAUAACUACCUCAUUUUUAAGGCUACCUAAAGCUGUGCUUUAAGAUUUUAUUUUACAUAAAUAUAUCUGUGGUCAUUACGUUUGCAACUUAAUACGACAAAAGCAGGCCUUUGCACUAAUACCAAGUGAAACCUUACGAUUGCACUACACACGUCUUGCCUCAACUGAGAUUCCCAUCAACAAGGACAAAAGGGCUCGCGACACAGAGAAGAAAGAACACACACACCCCACGAUUCCACCACGCAACCACAUCGAGAUCCCUGUUUGAGGCCAACUCUCACGUUUCCAGCCUAAUCAAAGCCACUCUAAACCCACCAUGUUCCAGCGACUCACCAGUCUGUUUUUCGGAGAGGGGGAGGAGGUGACCAAUGGCUGCGAGGGACCCAAACCCAGCGUGGCUGAUGCCGACGAGGAGGGCUGGCUACUGGUCAACCUGCCUGGCUCCACGCCAGAAACCAGCCCAAUGGAAGACCUGCUCAUUGAACACCCCAGCAUGUCGGUAUACGUCGCCACCGGCAACCAGUCCACCACUGAGGAUACAGGGAGCAGCCCGCUGCAGGAAAUAAGUCAGAAGGUGGAGCCUGCAACCCCAGCAGGACGGGGUCUCUCGGGUCGCCCCGCCCGGGCCUCUGCAGUCCAGGCCACUGUCCUGGACAAGAUCUGCCAGGUGAACCGAGUCCAGCGGUCUGUUGCGCGGGCCGAGCGGCGCCAGCUGAGCCGAAACCGCGUGAAGCGGCAGAACCGUCUCCGAGAGAACCUCCCCUGGAGUGGUGGCCGUGCCAAGGGCAGCUUCGUCCAGCAGCCUCGCCAACGCCAGUGCAACUACUAAUCCAGCGGGCCGUUUACACUGAGGGCAUUACACCCGCUGGCAUGGGCACCCGCUGCCCUGUCCGCCCUUUAAGUCCUACUCAUGUUUUGAUUUUAUGUAAGUCCGGGUGGUUUUUAACUUUAGAAUAAACCUUGUUACUGUGCUAGCA